AUGGCUGAAAUGAUGGGAAUAGCCAACGGUGCGUUGAGUGUUGCAGCACUCUUUAACAAUUGCGUCGACACUUUCGAGUACAUCCAACUCAGCCGCCAUUUUGGAGAAGACUAUCAGAGAUAUCAGCUGAAAUUAGACGUUGCAGAAACUCGCCUAGGACGAUGGGGUGAAGCUGUUGGGAUCAACAGCGACAUACGCUUCGCAUCUGCCUCACCGAGUGAUAAAGCAGUAAAGGACGCAUUAGGGAUCCUCGAGGAUAUUGCAGAUUGUUUUGAGGCCGCCCAGAAGAAAUCGAGACGAUAUGCAGAUCGUGGUGACAAAAAGGAGCUAAUGGUUCAUAAUGAUAAUGAUAUGAACCUCUUGUUCCAACGGCUGCAUAAGCGCUCUAAGGACAUCGCUCGUCGGAGACAGAAAGGCAUAAGCAUUGUAAAAAAAGCUGCAUGGGCGCUAUAUGAUAGGAAGAGCCUCGAGAACAUCGUUAAUCAGAUUACAUCCUGGGUUGACGAGCUGGAGAAGUUAUUCCCUAUUGAGUUGACUCAGCAGAAGUUUAUCGAGAAUGAGAUUAAAGAGGUUAAUGACGAGCUGAGCCUUAAGACUCUUAAGGAUGCCGCCCGUGAUAUCGAUCCGGCCUUAGAACGCGCGGUGGGGCAGAAGGUGGAUUCCAUCGAGGGGAAGAACUCUGCCGGGGACAUCACGAUGGAGGACAAGGCGAGAUUCCAUGUCGGCAACGUAUUCUCAGAGGGAGUCCUUCAGCACGAGAUCCUCGUCAAGGAUCAGGCGAGCAACUCCAUAGAGACGAUCUCAGCGAAAAACGAGACUCGAAUCCAAGCAGGGAAUGUUUACGGUGGCAAGGGGAUCUGGGAUGAUUAG